AUGGUUAAACCGUCUCGCCUUAAACUCCCGAAAGUGUCGCCGUAUUUCUUCACUCCCCUCUUUGAACCGGAUUCAUGCCUUCCGUUCCCACCGACUGAUGCGCUUUCCUUUGGGCUGAUCCAGGAACAACUUGCGCACGAUCCCUUCAAACUGCUUAUCGCGACUAUCUUUCUUAACCGGACUAGAGGUGGCGUUGCUCUUCCGGUUCUGUUUAGGGUUUUCGACCGUUACCCAACGGUUGAAGCUAUGGCUACAGCCGACUUGACGAACCUGGUGUCUUUGAUUCGCUGUCUUGGAUUCCAAAACCAACGAGCAAAAAAGUGUAUCGGACUCGCCCAGACAUGGCUUGCAGACCCACCUAAAAAGGAUAAACGGUACCGCAAACUUCACUAUCCCUGCAGAAUGGACGGCCGAGACAUCGCUGAAGAUGAAUGCAUUGAAGAUGACGAUCCGCGCGUGGCUUGGGAAAUUGCACAUUUACCUGGAGUGGGCGCGUACUCCCUUGAUAGUUGGCGCAUCUUCUGUCGGGACGAACUGCGAGGGGUGGCCAAAGAUUGGAAAGGCGAUGGCGUCAUGGACCCAGAGUUUGUGCCGGAGUGGAAAUCCGUUCUGCCGCAAGAUAAGGAGUUGCGAGCAUAUCUGACGUGGAUGUGGCUUAAAGAGGGCUGGGUAUGGGACCGGGAAACCGGGCGACGGACGCGAGGGAGCGAGAAGGUGAUGCGAGCGGCGCGUCGGGGAGGCGUGGCCCAUGAAGAAAACGGAAACUGGGUUCUCGAGACCUCACCGGUCAAGAAAGAAAGAAGGGGUUUCACAAAAGGCACGACAGGACUUUUGUCGUCUUCCCGACUUUCCAUCGUCCGCGCCAUUCAAAGCCCACCUACUCUCUCCAUAUACGUCAUGUUUUUACCUGUCAGACCUAAUGACCGAGAUCGCGACAGGGACCGCGAAAGAAAGCCAUCUUCUUCGUCCAUUUCCUCCAAAAGCAAACACCGCCCACAACGCUCGUCCCACGGUCGGUCCAGCCGCCUCUCAACCAAGGAACCCGACCCUGACGCCCCGACGGCCCGCUCCUCAACCCCUUCCACCUCCGCUCCCAGCUCCCGCAAGAAGCGUCGGUCCUCCAUGCCGGGCGUCGAUAGCGCCAGCCGCCCCGAGACGGCCUCCUUCCUCGAGUCGAGGACCAGCCUGCCGUAUCCGACCUUUUCCAAGGCUCACAGUAAAGAGGCUGUUGGGAAACCAGACAUCCCUACUCCUGACCCCACCGAUUUGACCGAGGAACACAAGGAUAAUGCGGACGUCGACCAUCCCCGGAGGGACGACCCUCACGCCCCGCCGAGCCCGCCGUUGACGAGUACGGAUCAGCACUCGCGCAAGGGCAGCACGGUCGGCGAUAAAGACGAAAAGGGCUCUGGAGAGAAACCCAAAGAAGGGAAGGCGAAGAUUAGAAUCAGAGCUGAGUCGACGAAGUCGUCGUCGAGCCUGCGCUCGAAAAGGGAUGAGAGUUCCAAGUCAAAUAAGACAGUGCGACCGGAGACAAAACGUUCGAGCCAUGACAAGGACAAGGACAUGCUUUACCGGACCUCCAGCCGGAAUUCAUCCAAAUCGAAAAUCGUCGAGGAGGUCCCUCCGCCCAAACGGCCCAGUAGUCGUACUACACUCUCCCCGUCCCGAUCUCCAGCGACGGUGCGUGACGCUGGUUUGGAAUCGGCCAAUGGCUCCGAUGCCACCAUCGCGGCGCAUAGGAAGUCAACAAGUUCCCGAAAAUCAAAGAGCCCGGAGAAACCGCCGUCGCGGACCCAGACUAGAUCGUCGGCAUCUUAUCGUGGAACCAGCAGUCGUACUCCUGCAGAAGCUGCAUUUGAAUAUGGGCGGCCUCCUACAGCUAAUUCGGCCUUUGGAGCUCCUCCCCCACCCCCGCCCCCGCCCGAGGUGCCGGUCUCGAUCCCUCGGGUGGAUUAUCUGCUCCAAAACGGUGGGUUAGACCACCGGGUGCCCAAGGCGUUGUUGCUAGGGGCCGACCAUCCGGAAUCGUCUGCCCAGCAGGCGUUUCAACCACAGGCUGCGGCAGCGAAAAUUUUCGAUCCGUUCAAUCGUCUCCUCGAGGACUACCAUAAGGUUAUGACCAAGAAUGGCUCGCUCGCCGUUGCCUCCGGAUAUCGGUCUGUGGCGCGCCGUCUACUGGACCGGUUAGAAGCUGUCUUCGCUCGCGACAUUUCGUCCGAAUCAUGCCACUGCCUAAUGUGCGACCACGAAGACCUGGAAGAGCGCCAACCGGGAGUGAGCUGGGGUGAGGUUCUCGAGCUUGUCUCAGGUCGCCGAGAACUACCCGGCUGGCCACCUUUCGCGCUGUCAGCGCCAGCUGGUAAUGCCGAUGUAUCUGGCGAUGAGCAUAUUCCCAUGCAGAAAAUGGAUAUAGAUGUGCCUGAAGAGUACCGUGACCACUACAUGCGACAGUCCCGCAAAACAAAGACUGCCGGCACAAGUGCUCCCGAGGAGGUUGACGACGAGACUCUCACCUUCGCCAUGUUGACACAUAUUGGAUCUGAGGACCGUGCUCUCUUCUGCGCAUUGCUGGGAAUCAGCUCCACCUCACCAACUCCCCAGCCCGAAGGCAAAUCUCGCCCCCGACCUCCCGCUCUAAUGUCAUCGUCACUGGCCAUCCAACGACUGUAUCGGUUGCAAUCGCUUCCCCGAGACCCUGAAACGGCGAUAUACAUGCUGAACAACAUCGAAAUGCAUCAUGUGUUGGCGACACUUGCAGGCAUCAGUGAUGACGAGUGGGACAUUCUGAUAUCGGAUGCUUUCUUCGCCGCGCAAAACGGCACUCCUUCUCGCUGGGGUAGUGGCAUUUCUCGAGGCCCGACACCUAGUACCAUGGAUGGUAGUUUCCGACCGGCCAGUCAACCAUAUGGCCAGAACACUCCUGCCGCUUUCGGUGGGCCCAUCGCACUGGACGAAGAGAUGGAGAUCGCAGCGUUAGCAGAAAUCGAACGGGACAUUUACCUCGGAAUGGAAGCGCUCGAAGAUGCCUUCGAAGCGCUACACUGCAAAGCCGAAGUCGUCCGUCGAGCCCUCCGGGAGCGCGGAGCCGUCGAAGCCCGCAUGGGAACGCCUUCCUCUGCUCUAGGCAACGGAUGGGAUAGUGGUGGAGAGGACGAUUUCCUGGACGACGACCGGUCCCUGGCGCCCGAUGAUUCAGCCAGCAAUAUCAGCUCGAACCGACGACGUCGACCGAAGAGACGAACAGAGCGGCGGACGCCUGCUCCCGUCGAAGAGGAGGACGAAGAUGACGAGGAAUUGCAUGAUAGUCGACGAGAUCGAGGUUCUCGACGGAGAUAA